AGAGUGUUGUUGAGGCGGCAGUGGAGCUCGCUAAGGUAAGCGACUGCCGAUGGUUGCUCUGUGUUCAACCUAAAUCGCACGAAGCCGCAGUUCUUUCAUCUUUGAGAUCUGAAUCAAGCGUUUUCUGUUUGCAGCUUGAUCGAUAGAGAAAGGACUCGCAGGAGCUAAUCACCAAGAGCCAGGGGAAAAAAAAUGUCAGGAGAAGAAGUUGCUGUCGAACAGCCUGAGGCUGUUGCAGCCCCUGUUGCCCCUGCUGUGGGCGAGCCUAUGGACUUGAUGUCAGGCUUGCAGCUGGUGCUGAAGAAGUCUCUUGCACAUGGUGGUCUUUCAAGGGGACUUCACGAGGGUGCAAAAGUGAUUGAGAAGCACGCUGCUCAGCUUUGCGUGUUGGCCGAGGACUGCAACCAAGCUGACUAUGUCAAGUUGGUGAAGGCUCUCUGCGCUGACCACAACGUUAACUUGGUGACUGUGCCUAGUGCCAAGACCCUUGGUGAAUGGGCCGGGCUCUGCAAAAUUGAUUCAGAGGGCAAUGCAAGGAAAGUUGUUGGAUGCUCAUGCGUUGUUGUCAGGGAUUAUGGCGAGGAAAGCGAGGGCCUCAACGUUGUUCAAGAGCAUUUGAAAUCCAACUAGAUGGCACUUGAUGGAAGAGCGUAAUGAUUCUACAGGAGCUUGCACCGAGUUGUUUUUAUCCGUUGUUGCUAUGAAGUUAGAGUAAAGACCCUAUCUUAGAUUAUGCCUCUGAACUUUGUUCUCUUGUCUUGAAUUUUUAUUUUUUGUUUCUGCCUUCUGGUGUAUGCUACUGUAUUCCUUGGAAGCGAGAGUAUCAAGCGUUUUUGGUGGUUGAAGAUUGGUUGACUUUUAAACUAUAGGCUGUUUCGAGAGCUUCCUGGUAAAUUUUGUUGAACCUAUGAAUUUUAUGUUGUUACAAGGCCAACUUGGCAAGCAUUUGGUUGCUGGUUACUGCCUGGUUAUAAGGCAAACUGCCAGUCUCUUACAUGUUAUGUGAUUGUGCCUAGUGCCAAGACCCUUGGUGAAUGGGCCGGGGUAAGUGUCUCUCAUCUCAUUCUUCGUCCCAAACUCCCAAUUGUUAAGCGGUUGCGGUUCAUGUGAAAUUCUAGCUAUUUGUUAAUCGUGGUGUCAAGAAUUUAGGUUCGGUUAACCGAAAAAUCGAGAUAAUUGAAGUUUAAAUCUCUAUUUUGGUCGGUUGUUGGUAAGGGUGGCCGGUAGUUUGGUUAACCGAUAAUCGACCGCGAUCGAUUACCGGUUUAUAACCGACACUAACCGACUGCCAACCCUACUCUCAACUAAGCAGAUGCCCCUUGGGUGACCCACUUUUGUGGGAGAGGGGGGACCCCCUUGGGUGACCCACUUUUGUGGGAGAGGGGGGACCUAACUGACCAUCACACAUGCACGUGUCGUUCAAUAGACCGGUCGACCGCACGGGUGGAUGGAUCAACCAUGGACUGACUUAUGAGUUAAUUAUUUUCUAUCCUUAACCGAUAAUGAAGAUAAUUAACUCAAUGGAAUAUCCACCAGAUGCAUUUUAAUUAAGAAAAUAAUUAUCUUCCUAAUUAACGCGACUUACUCCCCAAGCCAGAGGGUAUAUUCUUGUGGGUCUCGGCUCCUGUAAAUAGCCGUCCGUUGAGCACCCACGAGGAUCUGUUUUAUCCUGGAGACGACUAGUUGAUAGCCCGUCGUGAGCAACAAAAGCAGUGCUGCGAACGUUUUAAAGAAAGCCACCUAAGUCCACGACUCAGCUCCAGAUUUGGUAACCGUUCUCUCUUUGUUGUUCCGUUACUAACACUAGUUAACUUUGCUAACAGAUUGAUUCCAAGGAAAGUUGUUGGAUGCGCAUGCGUCGUUGUCAGGGUGAGGAUUCUUUCUACUCAAGACCAAAAUGCGUUGAAAUCUCUGCUGCAAUUCACAUUCUAAUUAAUGAUCUCCUCUGCUCCCAUUUUCCAGGAUUAUGGAGAGGAAAGUGAGGGCCUCAACGUUGUUCAAGAGUAUUUGAAUCCAACUAGAAAGUAUCGAUGGAAAAGGCGUGAUGAUGUUCCUGGAGCAUGCGCCGAGUCGUUUCUUUCCGCUCUUGCUAUGAAGUUAGAGUCGAGACCCUAUAUUUGAUUAUUAAUGGACUUUGUUCUCUUGUAUCGAAUUGUUUUUUUUUUUGUUUGUUUCUGGUGUAUGCUACUGUAUGACGCGUGCACGGAUUUACGCAUGGGUUUCGAAUUAUUCUAUGAAGUACUAAGUAAAAUACAAUAAAGAUAUCUACAUUAC